AUGUUCGGCGCAUUAGCAUGCAUCGUGAUUGUGGAGCUCUGCGAACGGAUUGGGCUCAACACACUCGUCUCCACCAUGAAGAGCUGGCUGCAGAACCAGGGCUUCUCCAACGCCGACUCAUCGUCUGUGCACCAGAUCUUCACGCUGCUCUCGUUCUCGUGCUGCUUCCUGGGAGGCUGGCUCGCAGAGACCAAGUUUGGUCGAUACAAGACGGAAUCUGUCCCUCUCUUCCUCUUCGGUGUCCUGGUGCUCGUUGCGCUCGGCACGGGAGGCAUCAAGCCCAACAUCAGCCCGUUCGGCGCUGACCAGAUCGACCCCGCCACCGAGGGCGCUGAGGCGCACAAGUCCUCCUUCUUCAUGUACCUCUACCUCACCGUGAACGUCGGCUGCCUCGUCGCGUUUGGCUUCCUGGCCAACGGCUUUGCAGGCCGCUGCAGAACACUGGCUCCCUCUGCAGGCCUGCCCGGGUACAUUGCGAUCGAGGACGGCUUCUUCUUUUGCUACGUCCUCACCGCCGGCCUGAUGGCGACGGCCGUGGCGGUCUUCUUUGCGGGCACGCCCAUUUAUCGCAAGGAGAGCUUCGAGUGCGCCUCGCGCCCCGUGCUCGGGCCCUUCUUUUCUCGGAUCCUCGAAGGGCGAGGGACGGCCAAGGGCAAGAUCUCGCUGCUGGGCUGGGUGCUGCUGCCGACGAUCAUUGUGCUGUCGAUCCUGCAGGUCUUCGUGCCGUGGCCCUUCCUGACCACCCUCAGCCUGGCGGCCGACUUGCUCUGCAUCGGGUGCCUCUGCGUGGCCCACCGCGACAACUCGUGGCUCGGCAAGCCCGACGCUGUGACAAGGUGCCUCGAUAUCGUGCCGGUGGUCGUCGUGGGCAACGUGACUUUCGACACACUCUACAACACAAUGUUUUCCUACUUUUACGAGCAGGGGUGCCAGAUGGACACACGCGUGGGGUCGGAUGGUAUGCAGCUCAACGCAGCCUUCUUCAACCUGGGCAGCUCCAUCGCCGUCGUCUUCCUGACCCCCGUCAUCGAGAAGGCGAUGCGGAGCACGUCGGGCACCUUCAAGGUGAUGUGCGGCAUCUUCAUGGGCGCGGCUUCACAAUUGGUUGCGGCGGUCAUCGAAUACCACCGGCGCCAGGCCGAGAUGACCGCCAUGAGCGCUUUUUGGAUGGUCAUCCCAUAUGCCAUGAUGGGGACGGGCGAGGUGCUGUGCAACCCCGUGCUGCAGUACAUCGCCUACGAUGGCGCCGACCCCGCGUACCGCUCGCUGAUGCAGGCGCUGUGCCUCUUCGCCAUGGGCGGCCCACCCAAGAUGCGCAAGACUCUGUAUCUCGCCACGUCUCCAUAG